CGCUUCUAUCUACCCCAGUCUGUGGACGUUUUCCGUUGUUUGAGGUUGUGUUGCCCGAGAGAGUUCUGUCCACGCCGAAAUUGAGACUUUUUCGUCAGAAAUGGCUGAGGCGAUGCGUCAAACCGUGGCUGGGAUGCUCAAAGGCAUCGAGAGAUACAAUCCGGACAACCUCACGACUUUAGAGAAGUACGUGGAGAUACAAUCGAGAGAGAACGCCUACGAUCUGGAGGCGAAUCUGGCUGUGUUGAAGCUCUACCAAUUAAACCCGCACCGAUUCAACAUGGAUAUCGCGUGUCAGAUACUGCUCAAGGCAUUGACCAAUCUACCCCACACCGAUUUCGUGCUGUGCAAGUGUUUGCUCAGCGAAAAACUUAUGUCGGAGAGUCCCAUUAGUCAAAUCAUGUACCUGGGAGAUAUCUUGGAACGAUGCGACUUUCAGAAUUUUUGGGACAGGGUGCUGUCCAUGUCAGAGCUCUGCGAGAGGAUUGUAGGUUUUCAGGAUUCGAUAAGAAAGUUCGUGUGUCACGUGGUGGGAAUCACGUUUCAAACGAUAGAUAGGACCCUCCUGGCGCAGUUGCUCGGCGGUGUGGAUGACGCAACGUUGAAACACUGGGUCAAGAAGUACGGUUGGAAAGAGGAAAAUAAAUCGAUCAUCUUCGUUGCGAAUCAAGAUGAGAACAUCAAAACCAAGAACAUCACUGAAAAGAUUGAUUUUGAGAACGUGGCAGGUUUGAUGGCUGCUUGUCUGUAAAGAUAUAUAUUAGCGAUUACUUUUAAUAAAAUUUACUACGAAAUUAUCACUAUUAUCAUAGUCAAUUAAUUUAUUCUGAGAAAUUUUUCAACAAAUUUUUUAACAAAUUAAUUAUGAAGGAUCUGCCCGCUACGUGUACAACCUUUUAGCGUCUGUUUUUAUUAAAAAAUGUAUAUGUCGUAA